AUGGCUGCCACACUCGCUCAGUCACCACACGCGCUGCAUGCGCAAACAACAAGUCCAGUUCACAACGCUCCUGCCUACGAGACACACGGCGACUUGGAGCUCCACACAGCGAGUUCACCUCUCACAUCUUCUAUCAUGGAUGAACGUAUCAAUACUGGAAGCCGCCCCGCUCUACCUCCUCUAUCCCAUAUCAAUGACAACGACUCAGCCAUGGAGGGCGCCGAAGACACUGCCGGUAGAUCAUCACCUGUCGCUCAGCCGCAGCAUACCUUCGGAGUAAGUCUUGUUUCUUCCUUGCCAUCUGCCGACUCUCUAUGCGUGUCGCACUGCACAUCGUCUUUCGUUCUGCAACUUGAUCUCUGGGCAUGCGACACUGCAUGA